GCUGCCACUGUGUGCGGUGGAGAGUGGGGGUGGAGAGGAGAGAGAGAGGGUGAGCAGGAGUGAGCAGGAGCUCGCAACCCAUUUCAUUUCGCUUCGCAGACGAGCGCAGCAACACUGCACUUGCACAGCCGUGCAAAGGAGACGAGGAAGGAUCAGCGCCGCUUGCUUGGGAGGUCGGGGCACGGCAGAGGAAGGCUCGUACACCCGCAGCUGAUCGUACACAUCCAGUAGCACGCCGGGGCUGGACGCCCUCCCGAGACAUCCCCUCGCUGAGGCCCUGAGCGGCGUCUCGCAGCCUGUACGAGGCUUUGACGGAUUGCAAGCCUCUCGCUCCAGACCUCGCUGACCGUCCGUCCGCUCAGACCGCAGCCUAACCCACGAGCCUGAGAACGUGAGCUUCCGCCCUUGCCCCACACAACUCUUUGCAACAUGAAUUUCCUGCGCCGACGACUCUCCGACAGCAGCUUUGUGGCUAACUUGCCGAAUGGCUACAUGAUGGACCUGCAGCGGCCGGACAGCUCCCCGGUGUCACCGGCCCCUGAGCGCCGGCAAUCAUCCGCCCCCUCCACAGGCACUGGCAUCCUCAGCUCCAUCACCAACGUCGUCAAGCAGACCACAGCAGCCGCUGCGGGGCUGGUGGAGCAGUCGGGGAAUGCUCCCCCUGCCGCCCAGGGCCCCCCCGCCGUCCGCAAGCCCAAGAUCCUCCUGGUGGUGGAUGAUGCCCACACGGACUGGGCCAAAUAUUUCCGCAGCAAGAAGGUACUGGGAGACUGCGAGAUCCGUCUGGAGCAGGCAGAAUUCUCAGAGCUGAACCUGGCAGCAUACGUGAACGCCGGAUGUAUGAUUGACAUGCAGUUGUUCAGGAACGGGACACGGGUAGUGAGGUCCUUCAAGCCUGACUUUGUCCUGAUUCGGCAAUAUGCCUACAACAUGGCUCAGGGCGAGGACUACCGUAAUCUUAUCGUCGGCCUGCAAUACGGCAAGGUGCCUACUCUCAACUCCCUCCAGUCCAUCUACAACUUCUGUAACAAGCCAUGGAUGUUCUCCCAUCUGAUAAAGAUUCAGCAGUCGCUGGGUGCGGAGAAGUUCCCGCUGAUCGACCAGACCUUCUUCCCCAACCACAAGGAGAUGCUGACAAUUCCCAGUUUCCCAGUGGUGGUAAAAUUGGGACAUGCUCACGCAGGCAUGGGAAAGGUCAAGGUUGAAAACCAUUAUGACUUCCAGGACAUUGCCAGUGUUGUGGCUCUGGCCAAAACCUAUGCAACCACCGAGCCGUUCAUCGACUCCAAAUACGACAUCAGAAUUCAGAAGAUCGGGAACAAUUAUAAAGCUUACAUGAGGACCUCGAUUUCAGGAAACUGGAAAGCAAACACUGGCUCCGCUAUGCUGGAACAAGUGGCCAUGACAGAACGCUACAGAGUGUGGGUGGACGCUUGCUCUGAGAUGUUUGGUGGCCUGGACAUAUGUGCAGUGAAAGCUGUUCACGGAAAGGACGGAAAGGAUUACAUCAUCGAGGUAAUGGACAGCGCUAUGCCACUGAUCGGAGAAUAUGUGGAGGAGGACAGACAGCUGAUAGCGGAGCUGGUGAUAGGGAAAAUGAACCAGCUUCUGUCAGACUGCCCUGCAGCCUCCCAGCAGAGAGAAAGUGGACUGACACUGGGCCAGCCUCAGCAACUCCAGCCACAGCCCACAAAGUCUCAGAUGCAGCCUCAGCCAGGAGCUGUCUCUCAGUGGGGGCAGCCAGCCCAAUCUCGUCCAUCCCCUCAAGGAAGCCCAAGGCAACCCCAGAGCCCUCAGGUCCAGCGUUCCAGCUCAGUGUCACAGCAAAGACUUUCUCCACAAGGCCAGCAGCCCCAAAACCCCCAGCCCAGCACCAGCCAGCAAGAGAAGUCCCCAGGUUCGGGAUCUCCGAAGCAGGUCAAGUCCGCGGGCACUUCCCCAAACCAGUCAUCCAAGCCUGGGCCCUUCCCUUCUCCGCAGCCCAGGCCUCCUGCUCAGGGUCAGGCUCUUUCUCAGCCAGGGUCUGGAGCCGCAGCACAGCAGCACAGCACAGCACCUCACCCGCACCUCAAUAAAUCACAGUCCCUGACAAACAGCUUCAGUGUUACUGAGGCUCCUCAACGCUCUGGGGCCAAUGAAGACGAAGCGAAAGCUGAGACCAUUCGGAACCUGAGGAAGUCCUUCGCUAGCCUGUUUUCAGACUAAGUCUUUGCAGUGUUCUCACGCCCAGCUCCAAGGAGUGAGAACCUGUGGGAAACCCAGUGCCUGGCCUCACCCUUCUUUACAGGGCAACGGGAAUGUGGUUGGAUACAUCUGGGAUUUCGGGCAUGAGUGCCAGUGACACGAAGGAAGUUUAAUUUAUAGACAGCAAGCUGUAAUGUGAGUUCCUGUUUUCUUACUAAACCAAAAGGGCGGUUUAAAAAACACCUGUCAGAUGUAAGUGUGUGUGGUGUGAUUAACUGUGCACUUUAUCUCACAAAGCAAUUUUUCUGAGUGUUGUACUGGAUGCAGUCAUCAAAUACGGAAUGACCACCUACCUGAACUUCUGGUUUUAUUUCCUCCAGUUUUACUCUCCUCCCCUCCUGAAUACCAUCUUACUUAGUACAGGAGUACAAUGCCACAAGUACUUGAACGUCCGUCCUUCCAGUGUGAGCCUUUACGAUGAGUGUUAGUAAGCUAUUUGAUCUUGUUCUUACCUGACAUCAACACACUGUUCAGGAUGGGGCACAGGAUUGUACCUAAGUGGGAGGAAUUCUGUUGGUGAAUUCCCUUCCCCUGUCCUUGUCGAGGAGUACUGAAACCAAUGGUGAUGCCUCAGUGUUACCUGGGUUGAGAUCAACUAACUCAGUUAAUACCAGGAAUCAACCCUGAUAUCUAUAUGUCUAAAACCCUUCAGAGAAAUCUGUCCCACCGCCCAGCCAAAUAACAUGCUCAGCACUCACCAUUUGGUCUCACACGUGAAUAAAGGCCAAUUGGACAAGGAACCAGAGGAUGCCAACACCAAUGGAACUGUAUCCCAGCAAGUCUCCACUUUCAGUGGAGGGAGCAGAUAACUGGCGCACUAUAUAGAAUGUCAGAUUCUAUUAAAAUCUUAUCUAUGUGCAUAUAUUUAUUUUUCAUUUUUGGUAUUCCCUCCUCGCUCUUCUCUAUUCAAAGACCUACUUGGGGGCCUGGUAAAGGCUCUCUCUUCCUCCCCCCUAUCCAAUCCCCUCCCCAGUGUUAUUAAUAAGUUCAGCAUUGAAGGAACAUAACUCUGCAGAGUCUCAGGUACUGAUGAAACAUGCCCUUCUUGGAGCAGGGAACCGUUGUUCAAAAUCAAGAGGCUGGUAAUAACAGGAAGGUUCUGCUCUGCCUAUAAGUGUUCACUCUUCUCUUUCCGUCGUCAGAUUUCUGCAGUUUAUUUAUCAAUCAACCAGUAAAUUAAUGUUGUGAUGAGGAAGAGCGUUGUGCUUGUGCAAGUCUCUGGAUCUUCUGCUCUGUGUCGUUGUGAUGUACUGGAGUAAGAUUACACUUUUUUUGAGAAAUAAAGUCAUUUUUGUGCUCUG